AUAGAGUGUAGAAAACCUUUCACACCUGUGUCUGUAUCACCACAAUUAAAUAUACUUUUAUUGUAUCUCUCCGGUGGGUGCUAGAUCGAUGGCUCAUGGUAGCAUUCAAAUGGAUGAGGACAUUAUUAAGUCUCCCAAUGAUGACAAGACAUAUGGAUACAUGCCGCUUGGUAACGGGCUGAAGGUAUUGCUAGUCAGUGAUCCUUUGACUGAGAAGGCUGCUGCUGCUCUCUCUGUCAGAGUUGGUUACCUCUCGGACCCUGAUGUCAUUCCAGGUCUUGCCCACCUAUGUGAGCACAUGCUCUUUCUGGGGACAGAAAAGUAUCCCUCGGAGAAUGAAUACACACAGUUUCUGUCACAUCACGGGGGGUCAUCCAAUGCUUUCACUACGGGGGAGUAUACCACGUACUACUUUGAUGUUGCCUGUGAGCACCUCCAUGAAGCACUAGACAGGUUCUCCCAGUUCUUUCACUGUCCUCUGUUUAAUGCUGACUCCAAAGACAGGGAGAUCAAUGCAGUGGACUCUGAGAACAAUAAGAAUCUCCAAGUUGACACAUGGAGGUUUCGUCAGGUCUGCCACACCCUCUCUCGACCUAGACACCCCUACGGCAAGUUCGGCACCGGCAGUAAGGUCACGCUAGAGACCCGGCCCCAAGAGCUUGGCUUGGAUGUACGUGAGGAACUGCUUCAGUUCCACUCUCAGCACUACUCCUCCAACCUUAUGGCUCUUGUAGUGCUCGGAAAAGAGUCUAUCAACGAGCUCGCCUCGCUGACUCAACAAUUGUAUACUCCGAUAAUCAACAGGGACAUCCCUAUUCCUGAGUUCCCCCUACACCCUUACUCAGAGGACCAACUUCAGAUUUGGAUAGAGUACGUGCCCAUAAAGGAGCUAAGGAAGCUGGAUAUGGAGUUCCCACUACCUGACCUCUCUGCCUACUACCACUCUGAUCCGACAUAUUACGUUUCCCACCUAAUUGGUCACGAGGGCCCUGGCAGUCUUCUCUCCUAUCUCAAGGCCAGAGGGUGGUGUAGGAACCUCGGUGCUGGGCAGAGAGGUGGGGCUAAAGGUUUCUCUUUCUUUAGUAUCAGCAUGGACAUGACGGUUGCUGGUGAAGAUCACAUCGAGGAAAUAGUAACAGCGGUGUUCCAGUACAUUGCUAUGCUCAGACAAAAGGGACCGCAAGAGUGGGUGUUCCAAGAGUGUGCCGACCUGAAUUCCAUCGACUUCAGAUUCCAAGACAAGCUUAAACCAAAAAACUAUGUGACUGCUAUCACACGCUUAUUACAUGAGUUUCCUGCUCGUGAGGUUUUAUCAGGCUGUUACCUUUUGACCGAGUUCAGGCCAGACCUCAUCCAACUAGUACUGGAUAAGUUGCAUCCUCGGUAUUUGAGAGUGGGGGUCGUGAGUCAGCGCUAUGAGGGCAAGACCAGCUACACCGAACCAUGGUACAACUCUCAGUACAAUACGAGGAAGAUUGACCAAGUUCUUAUCAAUGGAUGGAGUUCUGUUUGUCCAAUUAAAGAGCUCUAUUUACCAGCCGAAAAUGAGUUUAUACCGACGGACUUUGACCUUGUGCCUUUGGAUAAAGACCAAGCGUCAGCGGUGCCUAAGCUUGUUGUUGACAGUGAGAUGUGCAAAGUUUGGUUCAAACAAGAUGACACCUUCUUUUGCCCCAAGGCCUGCGUCUAUUUUCAAAUCUCAACAGUCAUGGCGUACAAGGACCCAACCUGUUCCUGUUUAGCCUCUCUCUUCAUUCGAUUGCUUGUGGAGGAUCUCAAUGAGUUUGCUUACAAUGCUGAAAUAUCAGGGAUCAGCUAUAACAUCUCACUGUCUGUCUAUGGCAUCAUUGUCCAAAUUAGUGGCUACAACCAUAAGCAACCCAUCCUGCUCUCGAAGAUCAUGAGCAAGUUGUCCAAAUUCACUGUGGAUGACAAGCAGUUUGAGAUUGAGAAGGAAGUGCUAACCAGGCAGUUGAGGAACUUCAAAGCUGAGCAGCCGCACACACACGCCAAGUACUACCUUAGUCUGCUCACUGACAACAUGGCAUGGACCAAAGAAGAGCUUGCAUCAGCUGUAGAAGUGACCAAUAGUGAGCAGCUACAGCAGUUCCUACCAGAGCUGCUCGCUCAAGUCCAUGUUGAGGCCCUUGUCCACGGCAACAUUUCACUACAGAGAUGCCUGGAAAUGGUGAGCAUCGUUGAGACAGCCCUGCGUAAUAAGGCUGGCUCAGUGCCCAUUCAUCAGAGUCAGAUACCAAGACACAGAGAAGUCAAACUGCCAGACGGUGCUUCUUUCUGUUACUCUACUAUUAACGAAGUUCACAAGUCUUGCUGUAUUGAGCUCUAUCUUCAGGUGGGUCCUGAGGAGACUCGGCUGAACAUGCUGCUGGAGCUCCUGGCUCAGGUCUUGCAGGAGCCAUUCUUUGACACGCUGAGAACAAAAGAGCAACUUGGCUACAUUGUUGCUAGUGGUUUGAAGAGGUCCAAUGGAGUCCAGGGAAUUGCGUUCAUUGUCCAAUCAGACAAACCAGCCGAGUUUGUGGAGAAGAGGACUGAAGUGUUCUUGCUCAAUGCUAAGGAAAUACUCUCAACAUUGUGUACUGAGACAUUUGAGCGUCACAAGAAAGCCGUCUCUGUGAAGAGGACUGAGAAACCAAAGAAACUCAUUGCAGAAUGCAAUAAGUACUGGUCUGAGAUCAGUACUCAGCAGUACUACUUCAACAGAGAUGAAGAGGAGGUGAAGUUCUUGGAAACUGUCAGUGUAGAAGAUUUGACAAAGUUCUUUAAGGACUAUGUUGCUUCUGACGCUCCCUUCAGACACAAGCUGAUAAUACACAUUGUACCUUUGAGUGAUGGAAGUAGUGUGCUCAGUGAUGAGGUGGAUGGCCCCACUAGUGAGGCGGGAACUGACGAAACUGACCAUCACCACUUGCAAGAGGCUGUACAAAUAGUGGAUUUUUCAAGUUUCAAGAAUUCUCUAACUGUAUACCCUUCUGUGGAACCAUACAUAUCAACGCUUCUUUCAUAGUAUGUGGAGUACAUUCUGUUGUGCAAUUUUUGGAACUAUACCAUUGUUUUUGUACCACAUUCUCCCUGUGAGUCUUGAUAAUUACAAUAA